CUCAAAUGUAUAGUUUUAUAGUCCGUAAGGCUGGCAGUCACAUAGCUACAUUUCUUAAACCCAUUGAGAACUGUAAUUAGAUCUGAACGAUAUCGAAGUAGGCCAACAACUUUUCUAUAUCCUUGUCAACAUUCUCCGCUGCUAGCUCAUUCAAUAUUUACUUCGUCGGGAAGUGAAUUUUACAUUGAGCUACAAUCGUAUAUAUACAAUUCAUUUUCAUAAAACGUAAACUAAAAUUAUAAAAAUAUAUAGACACAUAUAGUAUAUGUAGAUGAAUAUAGUUAGCUAGGAUGUCGUCUUUUAUCUCGCGCCUUCUCAAGUCUCCGCUCGCAUCAAAGCGUCUCGUAUCGCAGCUCACGCAACGCGGCGAACGGAAGCUGGGGGCGCUGCUGCGUGAGCUCGGCUUGCAGCGUGUGCUAGGAGCUCUUGGAAUCAAGGAGUUCGUGGGCGUGGCUAAUCGUGGCAUUGCCACUACGCCAGUCAGUAACAAGCAGCUGACGGAUGACCUGGAGCUGGCCACGGGCAUCUUUAAGCGGGAACUGAUGCUGCGUAAGGCCGGCUGCACCGAUCCGUGGUCUAUGAAGAAGCCCAUGAAGCGGGGCGCCGGCAGGGAGAAUGAUCCCACGGAGGUGCCCUCCGCCUUCGAUGGCCGUAUUGUCGGCUGCAUCUGCCUUGGGGAUCGCUCAGCGAAGUGGAUGUGGCUGGAGAAGGGCGCUCCCAAGCGCUGCGAGUGUGGACAUUAUUUUGUGCUCAAGAAUGUGCCCGCUGUUUGAAACAUUAUUUAUUUGUUUUUCGCGAACAACCCAAAUGGGGCGCUGUAUCUACACGCAGACCUGCUCAUAUAUAUCUGCACACAGACAAUAACGUCCAUGGACACACCUCCACAUGCUUGCACUGGGACACCUUGACAUACACAUUCCAACACUAGAACAAUUAGAAAUAUUGAACUGAUCUACUAAAACACAGGCUUAAACCCAAACUCGAAAGGUAUUCAUAGAACAUUGCAUGAUAUUAUCAGAAAUUUAAAAAAAAAACUGAAUUCUAGUGAUGAAUGGAAUUUAUAUAUAAUUGCCUUUAGUCUAGAAAUAGAUUAAUGUUUACAUUUUUA